AUGGGUUAUUUUGGAGGAUGCAGAAGUCAGGAACUUUUGAAUAUGAAGAUAUCGGAUAUAGAGGACCGGGAUUCCGUUAUGGUAGUGAACGUACCGGAAAGUAAAACUGGUGUAUCGAAGAAAUUUACAAUUGUGGAUGAAAAAGAGUUCUCUGCUUUGCCUUUAUUAAGACUUUAUAUGUCAUUGCGUCCUAAAGGAUUGCCAAACCCAUCUUCCUAUACGGGACAUUGCCUUCGUCGCACUUCUGCUACUGCUCUAGCUAAUGCAGGAGCAACUAUGACUAACUUAAAAAGACACGGAGGUUGGAAAAGUUCCACGGUGGCGGAGGGGUAUCUGGAGGAUAGCAUCGAAUUGAGAAAUAAAACGGCGCGUAUGUUGUCUACUUUGCCAUUAGAAGAGGCAG